AUGCCAAUUACAGAAGAAGAAGUUCCUAAGUUCAAGCCUUGGUUGGUCAAAAGAGCCGGUGAAUUAUCAGAUGCUGAUCCAUCUGUUUUGGCGGAUUAUGUUGUGGCACUUUUAAAUAAUAAAGUUGAAGGUGAUGAAUUAGUUAAAUUAUUAGAUGGUCAAUUGGAAGAUUUCCUUGAUGAUAGUAAAUCAUUUGCUUUUGAAAUUGUCAAUGUCUUGAAUACAAAAGCCUAUGAACAAGAAAGUGCUAAAUUAACUGGUGCUGUUAAACCUUCAUCAGCUUCAUCAGGAACAACUUCAACUUCCACCACUAUUGAUACACAAGGUCCAAUAUAUAAACCUGAUAGAAGUAAUUAUAGAUUGAAUGAUAAGAAAAAAAGAACUUUCGCUUUACCUGCUAAUCAUCAACACAAACCAGAUGGUGCUAAUGGAGCUAAUGGUAACAAUAGAAAGGAAAACCUGAAGAGUUUAAUUUCUCAACGUGAAGUUCCAAAUGCUAAACAUUUAAUUGUGGCAAAUUUACCAGCUGAUAAAUUAGAUGAACAAUUAUUAAGAUCUUAUUUCUCAAGAUUUGGUGCUAUUGAUAAUGUUUUAAUUGAUUUGACUGAUCGUAUUGCUGAAAUUGAAUUUGCAAAUCCUAAUUUCACUAAAAAAGCUUGGACUUCACCAGCUCCAAUUUUUGAUAAUAGAUUUAUUAAAGUUUUCUAUAGAAAGAAAGAUGCUGAAACUGCUCAAGUUCCAGAACCACCUGCUGAAGAAGAAUUUGAUCUGGAUGAAUUUAAACAAAAACAAUUGGAAAGACAAAAACAAUUUGAAGAAAGAUUAGCUAAGAAAAAGGAACAUGACGCUAAAAUUAAAGAAUUAAUUGCUAUAAAAGAAAGAAUGUUGGGUAAAUAUGAACAAGAAUUAAAAGAAUUAGAACUUGAAUUACAAGCUUCACCUGAAAAAGAAGAAUCAAUUAGAUCUAAAGUUGAAGAAAUUCAAACUAAUAUUGUUAAAUUUGAUGUUUCAGCUGAAGGUAUUGCCCUUUUGAAAAAUAAAUUGAAUGGUAUUAUCCCACCAGUUUCCACAAGAGCAAGAGGUUCAAGAGGUAGAGGUGCUGCUAGAGGUGGUAUUAGAGGUGGUAGAGGUGGAUUUAAUCCAUAUCAAAGACCAAGAGAUUCUACUUAUAAUAGAAAAUUAGAUUUUAGAACAAGAACAGUUACCAUUAAAAAUAUUUCUGAUCCAAAAAAUGAAGCUUUAAAUAAAUAUUUAAAAACAUUUGGUGAAGAAAACGUUUCAAAUAUUUCAACAAAAGAUUCAGGUUUAAAUAUUACAUUUAAUGAUAGAUUUCAUGCUGAAAGAUUUUUAAGUGAUAAUUUUGAUGUUGAAAAUAUUGGUAAAUUAGAAAAAGAAUGGGAUGAAAGUGUUAGACCAACAAUUACACCACCACCUUCAAAUUCUGAUGAUGGUUCUGCUGCUGCUGCUGGCGCUGGUGCUGCUGGUGCAAACUCCUCUACAAAUGACGUUGAAAUGUCAUGA